AUGCUCACUCGUUUACUGGCAGUUCAACAGAUAAUAAAUGACAUAACAUAUACACCACAACCACGUACUGGUUUAACAGCUAAACAAAUUAAGAAACUAAAAUCAUUGGCUAAUAAUCAUCUAGAUUGGGAAUUAUUACAAUCACUAGCCACUGUUCUUACUCCAUUUUAUUUGGCUACUCGUUGCUUAUCCGGUCGUCAAUAUCCAACAUUAGCUUUAUCAUAUUGGGUUACACAAAACUUACAUCUAUUUUUAUCAACGGAGAUACCUGAUGCCCCAUUGGAAAAUGCAUUCCUACAUUUAUUGUUAAAUAAAUUUAGAUUUUAUUUUGAAUCAAAAGUGACAUUUGAACAAAAACGUGGUAAACUGAUCGCAGCAUAUUUGGAUCCAUUCACACUAGACGAAUUAUCUGUUGAAGAAAUCGACGAAGCUGAAUCGUUGAUAACAAAUGAAGCUAAAAUAUGUGGUGCGGCAAGACAACAGCCAACUACAACCACACCACCGUCACAACUGCCACAACAACAAUCAUCAUCCUCGUCUGUCACAAUCACAAAGCGUUCUCGAGUUUCAACAAUAAAUCAAUUCAAAAGCUCGUGUCAUCGCACACCAGCAGCCACACCAAAAUCAGCACAAACGCAAAAACCAUUAUCAAUAAAAGAAGAAUUUAGUUUAUAUAUUUCGACAAACAAGUCGUCAAAAGAUUUUGAAACUUACUGGAAUGAACAACAAAAUUUGUUGCCAAUUUUAUCUUCGUUUGUACGUCGCUAUAGCGUCAUUCCCGCGACGUCAGUCGCCUCGGAGUCGGCAUUUUCUGUGGCUGGUUAUGUUCACCGCAAGCAACGUUCUUCUCUUUCACCGACAACACUUCGAUAUUUAAUGUUGUUAAAAAAAUAA